CUCUAACAAACCUAGAAUGAGAUGGUGUCAAAAGUCAAAACAUAAGCAAAGAGUGAUCUAAGAGGUCGUUUGCUUGUAGGAUUCUGAAAAAUCAAGGAUUUAUGUAAAACCCUGGAUUUUAUCAUAGAAGGAUUAUGUGGGAUUUUGUCAUUUUGGAUUUGUGUUGGAUUUGCAAAAGUACUUGUUUGCUUCAUGGAUUUUGUAUUGGAUUUAUGUCUUUGUAAUUAAUUAGUUAAAGGUUGAAUGUACAACUUUAUCCUUGUUAACUACCAUCUCCAAGAGAAGAACAAAAGCCACUGCCCUCCGCCAUUACCUUCUCCAUCUCCUUCCAAGUUUAUUUUACAGCUUACUUCGCCAACACCACUUGUUCCUUGUGGCUAGCUAACUAAAUUUGUAUGGACUAAAUAAAAAAUUGCAUCACCUUACACAAACUUGCAGCAGCUACUAAGCAACCUCAAAUGUGUUCAAAACUUAUAAUGAUGAUAACUUUCAGCAGGUAACGCAAAUUUGCAGUAGCUGCUAAUAGAAAUUUGUAACUUACAAUAACGACAACAGAAAUUUGUAGCAGCUACUUCAUAACAAAAACAUGUCAAAAGUUGCAGUAACUACUUCACUCGAGAAUGGGAGACGGAGGAAGCUUCAUACGGUACACAAACGGGAAUGUGAUGGAGGUUGCUUGUCAAACCCUACAAAUAAUGAGGGCAACAUCGGAAUAUUGAAAAUAUAUAAGGUUACUUUUGUCAUUUGCUUUCAUGGAUUAUGACUCUUCCCAAAAUUCCACCUAAUGAGGUAGGAUUUUAUAAUCCGUGGACCCCACGGAUUUUGAUCCCACUAUAAUCCCUUAUGCAUGGGUCCCACAAGAACUAAUCCAACACAAUUUUUGCAACAAACAUGGACUUUGUCCAUAAUCUCAUAAGUGUGGGUUUUUAGUCCAAAAUCCUUGAUCAAAAUCCCAAUAGCAAACGACCUCUAAUAUUAAGUGAGCCCAUCGACUUCAUAACUAGCUUCAAGCCCGAGGCCAUUCAUCCACAGCGAAAGAUUAAACGACGUCGCCUCAAAACGAUCGUGAAAUUUUUCGACUGGUCAGGAAUGAGGAUCAGGGUGGCCUCUGCUCGUAAAGAAAACACAAAUCGAUCUCAACUUCUGUCCUUCUCUCCUUCCACUCUCGGGACGAUGAUGGAUUCUCGCGUUCUUGUUGCUCUGCUUCUCGUCUCUUCCUUUCUAUGCUCAUCUGCCAAGGCGGAAAGAAGCGGGACGGUUCUGUUCAUCGAUGGCCAGGGACACAAAUACCUUCGUUCUCCAUCCACCAAUGGUGGCGUCCAGUCCCAGUCAAUGUUGAUUCCGGAAGUUGCUGAUGCAGUGUCUGUUCUGCUUGGUUUCGCGCCAUCCGCUACACUUUCGGCAGCUGGUUCAUCAAAGUUGAAUGGGGUUCUCGAGCCCAAUCCAUUUGAUAGACCUCGUGCUGUAUUCAUGUUGGAAGUUACUGGAAUUAAAGAUCUUCCUCAGGCAAGUAUCUCCGCUAUUGAAAAGUACAGCCAUGCUUUACAGCGCAAUACCGUUCUUGGUUCAGAAAAAGCUAAAAUUGAACUUCCAGGUGGAGAGGUCUCUGUGGUUCAUUUGGAUGAUGGGUUAGAAGAUUUCACAGAAAAGGAAAUAACUGAUCUUGCAUCUUUCUUGGGUGGAUCAUAUGUUACCGACGCUUCACAAACAAUGAAUGGAGAUAUUAUGGGUAUAACUUUGGCUAGUGGAACCAUGAAUCUUCACCUGUCGAAGGAAGCGGACAGGAAAUAUGUCAGAAUGCUAUUGGCUCUGAUGCGAAACAGCAAAAGAGCAAGACUGAUGCAUGAAGAUCUAUCGCAAGGCACCCGGAGGCCUGCAGAGCUAACAAUUGGAUGCUUUGAUGGAAUUAAGGCUUUGCGAGAGCAAUAUGGUACAGAAAGCAUUGUGCAACAAGGGGAGGAGCUAUUACUUAGCGUGCUGUCUAUGGUUCUCGAUUCCUUGCAGGCAGCAUACAAAGGCCAACUUGUUGCGGUAGUUUCCUUUAAGCCAGAAUCACAGACCAAGUUGGACGUGGUGCUGACUGACUGGCCAUCUGCUCGUAUGUUGGUUGAAAGCAAUGUAUCACCUGUACUUAAUGCCACCAUUUUGGAAGUGGCCCUGGUCAGAACGACCUUGGCUUGGUUGACAGGAAUCAUUCUUCUCGUUUCUACUCUCAUUGGGGUCUGCAUGCUUUUGAAUAUGCCACUCACUAAGGACACCCUUCUCUACUCCAAUGUCAAGCUCGACUAAGUUGGAAGGAGCAGACGCGUCUUUCAAGUUUCAACCAUUAAAAGUUGUCGUCUGUGCAGGACAUAAUUGGGGGACAGUUUGUUGCUGAGCAGUGGCUAGCUAUGAUUUCUGUUAAACCCGUACCUUGAUUGUUGAUAAUGUCGAAUGUUAUCAACAAAGCUGAAAGCUGCUGCUAUAUUGGAUGUGCUUGACCGAGGGAUUGGGUUUAAUUGGAAACUUUACAGGUUGAUACUAGUAGGUCAUUCCUGUGUGUGGGAAGUAGGAUCCUAUGGCCAAUUUGGAGUUCUCUGUAUCUUAAUAACAGACAUUAGCCGUAUUUGGGAUUGUUGCGCGUUGUUGAAUAAGUCAAUAUUGUUUUGAGGUCAAAUGGAUUUAAUGUUCGUCAUAUUCGUGAUUUUGUAGCCCUAGUUGGAAGUAGGAAUUUCUCUACUGUGUAUUAAUAAUAUUCCUCUGCAUUGUUCAUUUGCUCCGCGUCGUUUCGGUAGAGCUGUCCAUUUUGUAGCGAAACAGCAUAUUGAACAAGGAAGAUGAAGAUGAAUGAAGCUGCUGAAGGAUUCUCAGAAGACUGAAGCAGCUGCUGGUUUUACAGAGAUCAAAAGGCAUAAACGUUUCGUUUCUGCCUCCCCUUCCAUCUAAUGUAGGCGAAGACCGAAGCGACGCCGUGGAGGCUCUUACCGUUAGGUGGAACAGAUAGAGGCCAAUCAAGUGAAGACACAUGGCACAUUUAUUUACUGUCUUUGAAUUUCCGUUUUAACAAACAUUUCAGUUUUUA